AGUACGCGGCCGCGUGAAGUGUGCUUCCACGCGAUCCUCGAGAAUGCUGCUUCUGAAUCGUAAUUGUUCGCCAUGUACUUCAGUGACUUCUCACAAGUGUGAUUACCGAAAAAGAAUAAUGAACGUAUGAUAAUGCAAACUCAAACGUCGAAACCUACGCGCGAAAAUACUUAUGUGACAGCGAAGCGAACGACGGAGAAUAUAAUGUUAAAAAUGUCGAAAGGAGAGUUAGCUUCUCGAGAAUUGUUCGCGAAGAAAGCAAGAAUCACAAAUAUUUUUGUUUCGGAAAUAAGUGUGUCACUGCCAGAAAAAUCGUUCGAUCUGUGAUCAAUGGGUAUUCGCAGAAUCAUGAACUAUUCAACGAUCUCGUGAUUAUCUGUGUUCUCAGAAUGCCCCUCGUAGGAGCAUGGUUAAAAGCGUGGGUUUAUUUGGGGCUCGUUUGCGGUUGGAGCAAAGGUGCACGACCACGUUUCGAUACAUCCACGGAUAUGGGAUUGGUAUUAGUUCCAGCGGAUGCCGAAAUCGAUUCCGUGAUCUUUCGAUUACGCGCCACCGAUCAGGAUGCGGAUUUUCCUCUCGUGUUUGAAAUAACCGCAACAAUUACACCCGUCGUAAGAAUCGACAACUUGCCGUGCACGUUGUACAACAAAGUCUGCCAGGCUAAUGUAAUUUUAACGAAACGCCUUAUGCCGGGACGCCUUCACGAUUUCGCCGUCAGGGUUCGGGACACUAAGGGAGACUCAAAUUCGAUGCAGGCUACCAUUUCCGCAACGAACGCCACGACCUCGCGUGAUAAAAUAUUCCCUCACAUUCCUUCCCUGAUAAUGAUACCUGAGGAUGCUAAACCAGGCAGGGAAUUAGAUUACAUUCUCGUACAAGCGAACUCUUGGAGCGGCAAACCAGUUUACAUCGAAUUAUGGCAACCGAAAGAACUUUUCACUAUUCGGCAACGACAAACAGCCACGCAAACGCGCGGGAUCAUUACGCUGAUCGGGGAGUUGGACUUCGAGACGCAAUCGAUGUACACCCUCACCAUUUACGCGACGGAUCCUUACACGGAACCCGGAAAGGACACCAGGAAUAUCGCAGGACUGAAUAUCGUCGUCAUCGUGCAAGAUGUACAGGACGUGCCGCCAAUAUUUACCCAAGCACCCCCUUUAACCAGACUUAAUAAUUCUGUGCAAAUCGGGGACGUAAUAUUACGAGUCCGCGCGGAAGAUGGAGAUAAGGGAAACCCGCGUGAAAUCACGUACGGCCUGGUGUCCGAGGGCAACCCUUUCAUACCUUUUUUCAACAUUUCAGAAACAACCGGUGAGAUUAUUCUCGCUAAGCCUUUAGAGGAGCUCACGAAAAUUACUCACGUUGGCGCUCCGGUUGUGCUCACCGUUGUCGCUGAGGAAAUACGAAGAUCUAGAGACGAGCCGCCGGCUCAGGCGACGGUCGUUGAUGUCGGUUUCCUCCUUGGAGAACCAGGCAACAACCCGCCAUAUUUUGAGAAUGAUAACUACGUUGCAUCGAUACCAGAGAAUUUGGAACCAGGUUCCGUGAUAAUGUUCCCCGAGCAAUAUUUGACUAAAAUCCGCGAUGAAGACAUCGGUAAGGCUGGUGUUUUCGCAUUAAAGCUACAGAAUAACAAUGGUACUUUCGAAAUAAAUCCUCCUGUUGCUGAACGAACGACGGAUUUUAUUCUCACGGUGCGAGACAACGCUCUCAUAGAUUACGAGAUGUACGAGAGUUUAUCUUUUAAGAUUAUUGCUCAAGAAGUUGGUCCAGCGACAAAUUUAUCAGCAUCAGCAACGGUCACAAUAUUUAUACAAGAUGUUAAUGAUAAUCCACCAGUCUUUGAAGAAGAAUUUUAUGAAGUUACAUUAUCCGAAAAUAUUACCGCUGGAACACGGGUGAUUCAAGUGCAUGCAACCGACAAAGAUACCGGGCUUUUUGGCAGUAUUCGAUAUACAGGCAUAACAGGACGAGGAAGCGACGCUUUCGCGAUAGACGCCGAUACGGGAUUAAUCACGGUCGCAAUGGGAUCGUCUUUGGACCGUGAAAUGGCAGCGCAGCUGCAAUUAACUGUAAAUGCGCGCGACGAAAACGGUAAAGGUAACACGGGUAUAGUACCUUUGAUAGUGAAUUUGCUGGACGUAAAUGAUAACGCGCCGGUUUUCGAAAAAAGUGCCUACGAAUUUACGUUAAAUUCCGAUUUGACGAAUUUUUCCACAGCUGCCAUUAUAAAGGCUACCGAUGCUGAUGCCGAAUCACCAAACAACGAGAUUCGUUAUGAACUGAUUCACGGAAAUUAUGAAAAUAAAUUUUAUUUGAAUGAGAUUACCGGAGAACUGACGUUGCGAUCGCCUAUCACGAAAUUCAGGCGAAAGAAACAAAGUGUCUAUGAUAAUUUUCCGAAGAAAUUACACAAAGGGAUACAAAAUCUUCAAGCAGAACACAUAAUACGAGAGAUUGUGAGAAGAACAACAGUAUCCCCGGAUAUGACAAAUUUAACGGAAAGUGUUUCGGACGAAACCGAAUUAAAACGCCAAGUCGGCGAGAUAAAAAGACAUCGAAGAAAACGAGCGGAACCCGAUAUCUUAUACUCUUUAACUGCCAGGGCCUAUGAUCUUGGUGUACCUCAUCUCGCAAGUGAGACUGAGAUCUCCAUCGUCAGAGGUACUGCUAUGGAAGCUCGCAUAAUGAUGUUUGUGAUACCGGGAGAACGUCCAAAUUUAACGAAAACCUCGGAGACAUUAGCCACUAUCACUGGUGGACGAGUUACCGUACUGGAUACACGUCCUUACGAAUCGGAUAAUAAAACCGGCGUAACAAGCAAUACUGUUCCAGCGGCAGGGAAAAGAACGAUCGUGAUAGCCCGCGUUGAACAAACCGAAAUCGGUACCCCUCUGGUAGACGUGGAAAAAAUUCGCAACACAUUAGCCGCGAAUGGGGUGGGCAUCAUCGGCGGCGCAGGUACUGCGCCCAAUGGGUCUAUGACGUAUUACGGGACUACCACGAAAGUUCCAAUCGAUGGAGUAAUUCACGAUGGGGGAGAUAGCGCGGGGACCUAUGUAAACAAAACGAUCAGCAAUGUUCACGAGGAAGUAACUGUGUACAAAGCGGAGAAUAAACUACUCUUUUGGUUACUGAUUAUUCUGGGCCUGCUAAUGUUGCUGGCUAUCGCGGCGCUCAUCAUCUGCUGUAUCUGCCCAGGCUGCCCAUUUUACAUGGCACCCAGAAAGCGCAGAGUUUAUUCGUCGGAAACGCUUAUUGCUCGAUCCGAUGGUCGACCGAAACGGCAUCUUUAUCGGAAACCAAUGGCUGCGAUCAACAUAAUUGCACCGAAUGGAAGGAAGCAAGCUUGGAGCGCGGAUCCAACUCGAAGAAACUGGCAAUUCAAUCGUCGAAACACAAAGAACGGUGGCUUAGCGUCACUUCCUGGUGACGUUGUGUACAUUUCGGAACGUCCUCCAAUCGACCAAGCGAAUAUCGAGUCAUUAAGACUACGUGACGGACCGGCUUACGAUCCUUCGAGGAGGAGGAGAUUUGAAGAACAAGAGAGAAUGUAUGUGGAGGAUGUCGAGGAGAGAAAGGCUAGAGAUUACGAUGCCACGGAUGCAGAUUCCUUGCAACGACACGAAAUCGAGCGUGGCUCGGAUAUUCAGCGUCAAACUUACAGACAAAGAUUUGUCGAUCCUGAGUUAAAUGAGAUGGCGAUAAGAGAGCAACAUUUUUAUCGCGAGGGUAACGCAGAGGUGCUGCAAUUAGUAACGCGGGGACAAGUGGAGGACAGAAGUCAACGUCGUCAUUAUCCUACUUUUAUAGUGGACGGCAAGGAUGUACUUCUGCAGCGAUUCAUACAGGACCAGAAGGCGCGGCACGAGCUGCCGAUGCAGGAAGCCGAGGUGGUGCGCACCAUCGACUCUCAUCAACGCUCGAGAAAUUUAUAUCAGCACAAACAGGAGAUUCUCCUUCUGCCGGAAGAACUGGACGUUAGACGUCGACGCGCGGAAGAAUUGGAGUCCGGUAUGCAAAAGCUGGCGAUGGACGACGAAUACGCGAUGCAAAACGCAGACGCGGAGUCGCAGAUACGGCAGGGUCGUCGUCAAGAGAUCUCGACAGGCGUGCCCAGAGUAUCGCCCAAAGACAGACCGUCGAUCGUCAAAGAUCAAGCGCAAACCAUGACAGAGCAAACGUACACGGUUCACGAUCUCGAGCUGGCGAGGCAGAACGUUCUCUUGACGAGGUUACUAUUAGAGAGGGAAUCUAGGCACGCUGGUGGCGUAAUGAUAGAUACUGCAAGUUACUUAGAGACUCAAAGUCUUCCCGGGCAAGUGGCAAUUGCGACGCAGACUGACAGAGUCGCUACGACACAAACGGAACGGCAUGUCCGAAGCAGAAGUGACAACGACGAAUCCGAUGAGGAUAUUCGAAAUCGAAAAAAGAUGAAGAAACGCCACGGCGAGGGCGAUUUGAGAACGCGGACUUUAUGGAUGAAAACACCCAUCGAGGAAGAGGAAGGCCCGUGCUUUGAUAAACGACUGAACAUCUUAAGAAAGAAAGUGCAAGACGUGAAGGAGGGACGAAAGAUAUCCUUGCAGCCUGAAGUGCUGCGAGAGAUCUCGGAUUCUCUCGACGAGAAUGGAAGCACUUAUCACGAGGAAGCAAGAAAGUCAGCGAAAACUUGUCAACAAUACAGCGAAGAGAGCAGUAUUGGAUAUAAAGUAUUGGGCGACGAGAAAAACGGUUCCUCCUCGUCGACGGAAAUAGAUAAGCAACAUGAGAAAUUUUCCGACGAGAAAAGAGCGAAGAGCUUGUCCUCUCCGGAGUCUCCGGAAAUAAGUAUCGAUAACGGAAAAUAUUUUCGCGAAACGACGGAGAAGAAGAGUUCCAGGAAAGAAAGUAGAAUAAAAAAGCAAAAGAAGGUAGAAUCAGUGAUAAAACCUAGCUUUCGAGUUUUAGAGAGAGAAAUCACGAUGCUAACGAAGAAGCUGAGUAAACUCGCUGAUAAAAAGGUACCGCAAACCGGAUCUGAAAGUACGAGUCAGGAGAAAUCGAGAACGUCGAAGGACUUCAAGAAAGAUUCGGAUCAGAGUAUAUCGAAGAAAGCGGAAGACGUAAAGAAGCACAAACGAUUUGAGACUUCUCCGAGUAUAUCGAAAGAGACGAAGAAAGAAAAAUUUAAGUAUCAGCAGCCGCAGAGGAUGAGUGCCGGCAGUUCCGAGUACGAGGACGCGUUUGAAAAACAGGAGAAAUCGAAGUUGGCUCCUCGUCAAGAAACCGCGAAGCACAAACAGCCAAGUAGCCAUGCAAAGGUGAAGAGGCAAACGCCGAUUGAACGUAAGGAACGCAAGAAGCAAAUCAUACAACAGGAUCAAGAGUUCGAGAAGCGCAGAAGUGCCGCGAGUAAAGAAACCAGGUCGAAGAUUGAGAAAACUGCCAAAGUAACGUCGCGUACGCAAAAAUUAGCAGCGAUUGGUCGUAAGGAGCAUGUUCAUGUGUCGGAGGAACUGAGUACGAGUACAAGUUCCGAUCGUAUGAAUGGCAAAAAGGACUCGUUCAGUCGGGACUUCGACAAGAAGAGCACGGAGUCUUCAGAGGUCGCAUCAAAUCACGCGUUUCAACGAAAAUCGAAACAGAGGCUAGAUCACGUGAGCGAGAGAUUCUCUGAUGACUUUGUGACAAAACCGGAGACAAGAGACAUCGAUCAGCCAUGCGCGCUUCAUUCAACGAUGGGCAGAAACCUGGAAAGGAAAGACAUUGCGAACGGAGAUAUCGAAAUAAUACAACAAUUUUCUGAUGAUUUCACAGUGGAACCACAGAUAAAGAAACUGGAGUAUCAAAUGCAAACUGCCGUUGAUAAUGAGAUAAAUGGUAGUAGACAAAAUGCGUACCACGAUUUUGACAAAGAGCACAUGAGUUUGAAGGAAGCCGCUACUGUAAUUGAAAAUGAACAAGGUAUAUCUCAUGAUUUUGACAAAGAACAUUUGACGUUAAAGGAAACUGUUGAAGAUCUCACAAUUCUUCAAAAUUUGGAAGAUAUGCAACGCAAAAGUGAGAAAAUAUUAGACAUCGCAAGCGAAAAGCAAUCUGAAUUAUUUGAAGCCUCUAAUAAAGAGGAAGAUAGCAGCAAAAAAACAAUACCUACGGAUUCUCUUGCUCUAGAAACAUUAGAAGAACAUCAAAGAGAAAAACUGCCUAAUGGAAAAAGCGCCGUUGAAAAACGAACAGCUUAUAUGUCCGGAAAGCACAAGGAAGCAGCAGAAGAAUCUUUCUAUAAAACUGAAAAGGAAAUUACAGAAAAGAAGGAAGUUAUACUGGAAAAAGAAUUACAUGAAAUACAAAGAUUAAAAGAUGCCGAAGAGACUGCGAGCGAAGAAGCGAAUGCAUUAGAGAAACGUAUAGAAGAAAAAGAACAUACGCGCAAUGAAUUAUAUGAUAUUAUUUCAUUAAAAUCAGAAAUAGAAAAAGAUUCAAAAGAUAUUAAAGAUGCCAAGCAGGUAUUAUAUUCAAGCGAAAAAGACGAAAUUGUAGAAUUACAUAAAACUGAAAGUGAUCAGAGAGAAGAGUUAAGUCCUGAAUCAAAGAAACGUAUUGAAGAGGAAAUUUCUUUGACGAAAGUUGCAAUAGAUGUCGGACAAAAGAUGAUAGAAGAAUUCAUGCAAAAAGAAAAAGAGGAUUCACAUGACGUAGAAAAAUCAAAAGAACAUAUAACUCAGGAAUUUGACGCCGAGAAAAGGGAAGAAUCGACAACUGAAGCGUCUGAAGAACCAUUUGAUGUCAGUCAAUCUUUUACAGACGAUACUCGAAAUUUAAAUGGUUCUCAGAGAGCAUUUUCAAUCGAUGAUGAUAUAUUGUACAUUGACGAAAAUAGUGACGAAGCGUCAAAAUCAGAUCGCGAUCUGACUCAAUCUGAGCCCACCGAACUAUCAGAUGUUAUAAAAAAAACUUCUGAUAAAGACGAAUUGGAGCAUUUAAGCGACGAUCUAAUCACGAAGACAGAAAUUGAAAGUCAUAAAACUGAGAAAGAAUCCCACGUAUCCCCUCAAAAAAUACCUGAUCUUCACGAGACAAAAAAGGAAAAACUUGAUGAAGACGAGCUUCUUACGUCUUUAAUGGAUACUACUUCUAAAAUAAAAACUAUUGAAAAACAAUUACAAGUCGAGCAUGAACAAGAGAAAGAAGAAUCAUUUCUCGAAGAAUCUGAGAAAACAACAGAAGAAAUAUCUGCAUUAAAAGAAAGAUCUGAUGAAGAAUUAAAACAAAUAAUUGAUAAGGAACCUUCUAUCGAACAGAAACACUUGUCGAAAGAUUCGGAUCUGCAAGAGCCAAUUGUCAGUGAGCCAGACAGAACGGAGAGUUUUGUGAUAAUCUCUGAGAGCGCAGCAGUCGUAGAACCGCGAGACAAAGGAGAGCAGCAAGCAGACGUAAGCGUUCCAAUUUUUAGCAACUUUAUUGAUGAUACAAUCGAUGUUUCGGAGGAGAGCGACUCAUCCAGUGAUGUUUCCAGGAAAACAACGCUGACCACGAGACCCUAUGAUACCCCGCGCCAUCGGCAAAAGUGGCAGCAGCAAGAAAGCAUUGAAAUAGCGGGAAUAUCUGGGGUAAGAACGUUCAAGGAUGGAGAUGCGAGAACAGGAAUCGAACCAGAAGAAGAUACCGACAGCAACUUGUCGCUCGAUGAAAUUGAAAAGACAGAAGAUUCGAUCACAAGCGAAGCGACGAGUGAAUUAAAAGAAAAUACAGACAUCGCUGCUAUAUCUGAAAAUAUUUUCUCCGAUGAUAAAAGCAUUUCGACCAUAUCUCUUUUAACAGACGGAAGUGAUAAAGAUAUAGCAGACAAAGAUUUCGAAUCAAAAACUGAAAUUGAAAUUGAAGAAAAUGAUAUAAAAUCAGAAAUAAAAAAUUUAUUGACGACAAUUCAAGAUAUAAUUCCCAUGACUCUAAAUAUUAAAGAAUUAAAUGGCAUGUCAAAAGAAAAUAUUAACAAUGACAUUUUGGUAACAAAGGAAAAUGUGGAAUCUAAAAGCGAGAUUGCUACACCUCGUAAAAAGAUCGAAAAAGUUUCCGAAUCUGUGAAACAAGAUAAUAAAAGUAAAACUAGAUUGCCUUCAAGAAAGUCUGAGCAAGUAGGUCUAAAAGAAAAUAAAACAAUAACUGAAAACAUUGAAAUAGACAAAAUAAAAAGUAAGAAAAGUGACAUAUUAUUAACUCCGGAAAAAUAUAUUGCGAAAACUAUAUCUUCCGAACGUGUCGCAAAGAAGGGAAAGAAACCUGAGCGACCAAAGCCUUCUCCCGGAGAGAGAAAACGUGUUCCUGAUAAAUCAGAAGAAAAAACGACGCCGAGUUAUUCUCAGCGUCGAUCUCGCAAAUUUACCGAGGGUAAUUUAGAAGAGCAGACAAGAGAAUCGCAGAAGCAAUCAUCACAAAGAGAUGAAGAGCAUCGCCAGAAACAGCAGAUACCCAAAUCAAAAUUUAAGACAGACAAGAAAUCUACAAUUUUCCCAAAAACUGGCGAAAUCGAUGUGAGUAAAACGCAAUCGAAGUACAUGGCUUGGUACAAUAAGAAACGCGAGGAGGCGGAGAAGAAGAGAUUGGAGAGGAAAGCGGCGGAUGACGAGGAACAGUUACCGCGCUGGGUAAGUAGGGGUUUGAAGCAAACGACGAAGCAAAGAGAAAAGUUAACUAUGGAGCGCAAAACGCCAGAGAUAACGCCGCGUACUAGACGCAAGGUCAAACCUCUGGUGAACGUCGAAUCCGAGCAGUUGAAGGCUAUCGUGCGUCAAGGGCGAGAAUUAAGAAAGGCCGAGGGCAACCUCAAGGAGGACCCGACGAUUCAGAUAUUCGCCAGAACACCACCGGUCUCCACUUUGGACACGCAGCAUCGUCUGCAGCAGCACUCGGAAUACAAAUACGAGAGAAUACCACCGCCAUUCUAUCUUCAUCCACCCCCGGCGCCGCAUCCGUCGCCGCAGUUAUCCCCAGAAAGAUCCCUCGAGAUACAACCGUGUCGGUCGCAAUACGAACAAUCCGAGGAUGAUCUGCAUUCUGAGAAUGCAUUGCCGUUUCAAAGCGGCAGUCGUCUACGCCAUCAGCAGCUUCUCGAGAAAAAAAGCGUCUUCGACAUCGCGUACAGUGAAGCUGCACCAUCGCAACUUCGAUCUGAUAGCACAACUCCGCCGUCCUAACUCAUAGACAUUGAUAUUCUUAGUA